GUUAGUAAAAUACAGAGUAUAUUGCCAUUUUUAUUUAAUUGAGAUUUGAGAUUCAAAGUUUAGACCAUGGCUACCGGCGACUGAGACAGCUUUCCUCGGUUCCAGUUUCGCAGUUUUGGCUGGAUUCCUUCCGGUUCUUUCUUCUAGUUUCGAACCCCAAAACACUACGCAGUACCAUUUAGCUACAGCUGUGGCAGGCUCCCCAUUGGGCCCAGGCAUUAUAAGAGAUUGAAAAUGUGGAGAAGAUUUUUCACUGCCAUCUCUACUCCUACCCAUCCAGCUACAGUAUCAUUGCGUUCAUCUCUCGGCUUAUCACCUCCUCGCUUCUCUGCUUCCUCUGGAAAUGUUAACAUAUGGAAGGGGGCUGUAUCUUAUGAAAAUGGCAUUGCAUCAGUGACAUCAUAUCAUAAGGGUCCUAGUUCCAAUGUGUCACAACUCUUCACAUUGGGUCAUAGUUUUCAAAGAAGAGUCAUUGCCACCAUUGGGUCAUCAGGGGAUACUGUUUCUCAAGAUGCUUCAGCUUCUAACUCUCUGGUGACUCCACAUAUUAAGUUUAAGAGGCUAGAUAAGACGGCAAAGCACAUAAUGCAGAUUCUUGAUAAAGAGGCAGUUGAAGAAGUGAAGACACAGAGAGAGAUACUCGAUAUACGACCUGGCUAUAUUUUGCAGCUCAAAGUGGAAGUACCUGAAAACAAGAGACGCGUUUCAAUUAUAAAAGGAAUUGUGAUAGCCAGACGAAAUGCUGGGUUGAAUACCACAUUCAGAUUAAGAAGGCUCGUGGCAGGGGUUGGCGUUGAAUCCGUCUAUCAUCUAUACUCACCCAAUAUAAAGGAAGUAAAGGUGGUGGACAAGAAGAAGGUGAGAAGGGCAAAGCUGUACUAUCUCCGGGAUAGAAUGAACGCAUUAAAGAAGCAAUGAACGAGUCUACCAAAUGGAAUUGGCAAGGUAAAUGUCGGAGUCGAAGAAAUGGAAGGAGAAACCCAUUUUUUUUGCAGUAAUUUCACCAUCCUAAGUAGUGUUGAUUUUAGUGCAAAGAUACCUAUUCUAUAUACAUGCUGGAUGAGUUCUUUAUUUUUAUUUUUAUUUUUUUGCUUUGUUAGAAAUGAUAAUGGAGUAUAUUUUUAACUGGAUGUUAUAUUGUUAUGGAAUCUUUCACUUGGAUGGAUAGACAGAGAGACUACAAUACUGCUUGUUGUUCCACUGAUACUCACCCAAUAUAAAGGAAGUAAAGGUGGUGGACAAGAAGAAGGUGAGAAGGGCAAAUCUGUUCUAUCUCCGGGAUAGAAUGAACGCAUUAAAGAAGCAAUGAACGAGUCUACCAAAUGGAAUUGGGAAAAUGUCGGAGUCGAAGAAAUGGAAGGAGAAACC